GCCUGUUGAAGAUGUCUGAUGUUGGAGAAGCCCGACAAACACAUGGAAUCUCUGAAGAGCAAAGGAAAGAAUUAACAGCACUUGUAAAUUGUAUGCGAGAAGGAUAUCUAUUGAAAUGUGCAUCUAUAUCAAUAGGAAUGUAUACAUUUUUUGAAGUACGAAAGCGAAGAGGGUUUAAUAACAGACAUUGGCUGCUAAAUGGAUUGAUGGCUGGACUUAGUGGGAUGAUUUUAGGCAGAUGGUUGAGGUUCCAAGAGUGCAAAGAAAUGGCAAGACAACGCUUUCCUAAUGGCCAGCUGGCUUCUCUCGCGAAAGGAAAAGUCAGACCUGAAAUGAAUGAGCCAACAAACUUCGGACAGAACCCUAAUGAUCAAAGUGAUGAAUGGUCAGGCACUGGCAAUGACAAUACUUCAGAUAGCUGGCAAAAUCAGACAGACACAUCUACCGAAAAUACCUCAGGAUCCGAAGGAUUGACAAUGAGUGAAGCACGACAACAAUACCAAGCAAGGAGUCAACAGAACUCAUCCCCAUGGAAAAGACCCAAAGAAACAGAAUCUAGCUUCUUCACUGACAUCAAUAGUAAAUCAAAAUCAAACACAGGUCAGAACAAAUAUGGAGAUAGCUGGGAUAACAGUGAUUGAUGCAGGGAUGCCUCAGGUUUUCUUUUUUUUUUUUUUUUUGAUGAUUUUUACUGUUUUAGUUGCUGAAUUAAAUCCAUUGUACAUAUCUGAUAUAAA